AUGACAACUACUGCUACUGAUCCUGCGACUAACAACAACGACGGUGGACUAUUUGAGAAUAGAUCAUCCGGUUCUUCCAUCGACCCUGAAAAGGUUUCUGUGGAAUCUGGAGAUAACAAUAAUUCCCAAGCUGGAAAUUUAUUGACGAACUACACAGAAGAAGAGGUGAUGAAUAUGGGUCGCGCUUAUGCUAAGGAGAGUAAUUUGGACCAGGAGCUUUUUGCCAAAGCUGCUGCCAUAGCCAGAGAUCCAUCUGGUUAUAACUCGAUGGCUUUUUUGAGUGAGGAAGAAAAGCAGGGUCUUUAUUCCGAAGCUGAACACCCAUGGAGAUUACCGAAGAAGUUAUAUUGGUUGGUCUGUACUGCCUCGAUGGCUGCUUGUAUGCAAGGUAUGGAUGAGACCGUUAUUAAUGGUGCUAACUUGUACUAUCCAUCUGCAUUUGGUAUUGGUGGUAACAGUGACAGAGACAAGUGGCUUGUGGGUCUUGUCAACUGUGCUCCUUACUUAUGUUGUGGUUGUAUUUCCUGUUGGAUGACUGACUGGAUGAACUGGCAUUUCUCUAGAAGAGGAACCAUUUUUAUCUGCUGUGUUAUUGGUGUUCUUUGCUGUCUUUGGUCUGCCUUGACUAAUACUUGGUGGCAUUUAUUUAUCGCCAGAUUUUUCCUCGGUUUUUCUAUCGGUCCAAACAGUACUACUGUUCCUGUCUACUCCUCUGAGAGUGCACCAGCCAAAAUUAGAGGCUCCUUAGUGAUGAACUGGCAGGUUUGGACUGCUUUUGGUAUUAUGCUUGGUUAUGUGUUUUCCCUUGCUUUCUACAGAAUUCCUGCUCGCGGCAUCGGUGAUGGCCUUUCCUGGAGAUUGAUGCUUGGUUCGGCCAUGCUUCCAUCCAUUAUUCUUAUGUGUCAAAUUCCAUUCUGUCCCGAAUCUCCUAGGUGGUUGAUGGGUAAAGGUAGACAUAGAGAGGCCUUUGAGUCCCUUCAGCAGCUUAGAAACAGUGAUUUACAGGCUGCAAGAGAUGCAUUUUACGCCAAUAUCCUUAUUAUGGAGGAAGGUUCCACCAAGGCUUCGUUCUUCUACAAGAUUGGGGAGAUGUUUGCCGUUAGAAGAAAUAGAAACGGUGCUAUGGGUGCUUGGAUUUGCAUGUUCAUGCAACAAUUCUGUGGUAUCAACGUCAUCGCUUACUAUUCAUCCAGUAUCUUCCUUAAUUCUGGUUUCAGUGAGAGGGACUCGUUGAUUGCAUCUUGGGGUUUCGGUAUGCUUAAUUGGGUGUUUGCUGCUCCUGCCUUCUUCAUGAUCGACAAGUUUGGAAGACGUUCCUUACUUCUAUUUGCUUUCCCAUUCAUGGCUGUUUUCCUAUUAAUGGCUGGUUUUGCCUUUUGGAUUCCGGAAACCAAUGAGAAUGCAAGACUUGCUGUCAUUUGUUUGGGUAUCUACCUCUUUACCAUUGUUUAUUCUUCAUCUGAAGGUCCAGUUCCUUUCACUUACUCUUCGGAGUGUGCUGCCUUAUAUGUUAGAGAUGUUACAAUGUCCUUUGCUACGGCUACUUGCUGGUUCUUCAAUUUUGUUUUAUCUUUGACUUGGCCUUCACUUCUAAAAGCUUUCAAGCCUCAAGGUGCCUUUGGUUGGUACGCUGCUUGGAAUGUCGUCGGAUUUUUCUUGGUUCUUUGGUUGUUACCUGAAACUAAGAAUUUGACUUUAGAAGAGUUGGACGAUGUCUUUGAUGUUCCAGCACAUCAGCAUGCUGUCUACCAAACCAAGGCCUUCUACAACGCUUUCCAAAGACGGAUCUUGCACCAGAAAGUUGAAAAGCUUCCUCCUUUAUAUCAGAUCCAUAGAAUGGCUAUUACAAACACCUCUUGGGAAGAAAAGAAGCAAACUGUUACUCAUGUGGAGUGA